GGGCCUUUCGGUCACGCGCGUUGCGGAUUCUUCAGAUCCAUCUCAGUAUUAGUGCUGAUUCAUUCAUUUCAGUGAUUGAUAACUCAUGGCAAAGAAUGUCGAGCACGAAUCCGAGGAAAUCGAGGACGAAAUUUCCAAGUUGAAUUCUCUCUUGGACAACAAUGAACCUCCUUCGUCAUAUCAGAUACCGUUCAUCAACGAACACACAGGAAGGCUAGACGCAUACCUUGCCAAAGUUCACGCACGCCUUCGGAAAGCCAGGGGCGAAAUACUUCGAUACAGAUCCAUACUUUCGGGCAUACGUAGGCUACCUCCAGAAAUCUUGUCGGAGAUUUUUGUUCACUGUAUGAGGCCAAUCCCAACGACGAAACAUAGAAUCGGAAGAUUCAAGACUUAUCCCAACCCCAGCCCUCGCAAUGCCCUUUACGCUCUCUCUCAAGUCUGCCGAAAGUGGCGAAACGUCGCGUUAUCCACCCCAGCACUUUGGUGUAAUCUCACAAUCGCUCAUGAGACUCCUACAGCACACGAAACAUACUCGCAGAUAAUUCAACAUUGCUCAGAGCGUUCGCGUGUAUCCCCAUUGUACAUCACUCUUCUCGUCGCAAAUUUCACAUGCCUGGAAGAGGAAGAGGAAGAGAAAAGCAAGAUUUUUGUUGGCGCACUGAACACUGCAGACAAACUUUUGAGACAUGCAUCACGCUGGCAUUACUUCGAUUUCAAUGCCUCCUGGUAUCCGUAUCACCUGGCGGAAAUUCUAUUCCCUGUUCUACCCGCCAGUGGUCUGCCUAAUUUGCACGAGGCCUGUUUUUCGAUCCACACCCGGAGACGACGUUUCGGGGCAGCUUUAUGGAUGUUACAACUUCUGCAAGCUUCUCCGAACCUUCGGAGAAUCCAAUUUAACGCCUUGGUUCCGGAUAUCGAGGUGGCCCCUUGGACACUUUUGCAAAGCUUCGAAGCUACAGCCGGCGUGCUGUUGAAGGACUUGUUCACGAUCCUCAAGAGCUGUUCGAGACUACAGUUCUGCGAUGCGUGCUUGCUCGUUGAGAAUGAGGAAGACUCACCCUCCCCCUCAUUGGAAUCAGAGCUCGUCUUACAAAACUUGCAUACCUUGAACUUGUCCGAACUCCUCGAGGAGGAACUGACGACGGUUCUUCGUUGUUUAACCCUGCCUGCACUCAGAAAACUCUCAUUGAGCGGCCCUUCAGAUGAGCCCGUAUACGAAUGGCCCCAUCAGUCGUUCAUUAAAUUACUCUCAAGGUCCCAGUGCCACUUGGAAUCUCUGUCCUUGAACAAUUUGGCAUUCUCUGCAGACCAGGUAAUUAACUAUCUCUGCCUUCCAAAUGUCAAUGAUACGCUGGAAGAUUUGGAGAUUAAACAAUGGGAGUGGCCAAUCCCGUCAGAAGUCCUGAAACACGUCACUUUCAAGUUACCAUCCACAACCUCUAUAACUUCGACGUCGUCGCCCUCAAUGCCCACUAUCUCGCUUCCGAAACUUCACAGUGUAUCCUUAAUCGUCCAUGCUGUAGCACAAGCUGUCCCUUUGAGAGAUUUCGUUGCUUCUCGAUGGUAUAAUAUCGCCCGGAAUGACGUGCCACUACCGAUUCCUAGACUCAAGCGUAUACAAAUCCUUCUUGCGGUCCCUUUCUUACCAAAUGCUUCAGUUUCUAGCAUUGAAACUAUUGAACGCGUUUUCAGACGCGUUUCUCUUGUGGCCAGAGUUGACCUCAACGAGUUUACGAUACAGCCAUCCGCACAUGAACUGCAUGCGUACACGGCGAUUGAAAAAUUAGACGAGGAUGGUUUCUUUGACUAUACGAUAUAAUGCUUUUGGUGUUUCGAUCGUAUCUUGUUGGACUUCGCUACUCCAGUUCCUGCUUCUCUGUUGUCUGUGGCGUUGCGUUUUAUUAUAUAUGCAUGCAUUGUCCAUGCUGCAGAUUUUGAGGCUUGUAUGCUCUCGGAUUGGCCCUAUAAUUCAAUACUACCAUUUUUUCCGACCUGCCUAUCUCUUUUUUCUCCCUUCGUUCUAGUCAACAAAAAGAUAUCGAGAUCAUGACAGAAUGUCCUACUUGAUACCGCGGAUCAACCUGGACAGACGACUUACCAUAUUGUAGACUGAUCUUCGUCGAUCCUUGUGGAAUUACUAAUCGAUCCCAAGAAACAAGCAACAGCUUUUCUAGGUGAGGUCGUCCAAGCUCUGCGUUUGCGCGUUAAAACUGUUAAACUCUUGAUUAUCCAUGUUUCCUCGAAGAGUAGUGCACUUUUGCUAGUG